CAAACAAGUAAAUGGACAAAAUUCUUUACAAGUAGAAGCUAAAAGAAUCAAACCUUCAGAAAUUUGUGAUGCGCAAGACGUCGUUCAACGUAAAGGCAACAGAGUAACAGUUCUAAAAAAAAGUUUUAAUUCAUUGGAAGUUGCUUGCAAACCGAUUGCUACGAAUAAUAUGCAAAAAAUUCAGAAACAUCUUGCUAUUUUGGGAAAGUUACACGCUUGUCCAUAUAUUAUUAAAUUUCAUGGAGUAUCAGAAUUAUCUGAAAAAAAUUAUGUAAUGGUUUUUGAAUGGGCGGAACUAGGAACUUUAAAAGAAGUUUAUCAGAAUUUUAGCCUUGGAUGGGAGGAAAAGAUUACUAUUGUAAGAGAUAUCUGUCGUGGAUUAGCCUUUUUACAUGCAGGUGAUGAUUUUUAA